AUGUAUCUAUCUGUCUGUCAUAUCUAUCUAUAUCUCUAUCUAUCGGUUCAUAUCUAUCUAUCUAUCUAUCUAUCUAUCUAUCUAUAUGUCUGUCUUUUCAUGUCUAUCUAUCUAUCUAUCUAUCUAUCUAUCUAUCUAUCUAUCUAUCUAUCUAUGUCUAAUCUAUCUGUUCAUAUCUAUCUAUCUUGGUCUGUUCAUAUCUAUCUGAUACCGCUACAUCGAAAAUCACUGUUCAUUAUCUAUCUAUCUAUCUAUCUAUCUAUCUAUCUAUCUAUCUAUCUAUUUGAGUGUGUUCAUUAUCUAUCUAUCUAUCUAUCUAUCUAUCUAUCUAUCUAUUUGAGUGUGUUUCAUUAUACAUCUAUCUAUCUGAAUGUGUUCAUUAUCUAUCUAUCUAUCUAUCUAUCUAUCUAUCUAUCUAUCUAUCUAUCUGCGUGUGUUCAUUAUCUAUCUAUCUAUCUAUCUAUCUAUCUAUCUAUCUAUCUGCGUGUGUUCAUUAUCUAUCUAUCUAUCUAUCUAUCUAUCUAUCUAUCUAUUCAUUAUCUAUCUAUCUAUCUAUCUCGGUAUAUCUAUCUAUCUUAUCGAACGAUAAUGCUAUCUAUCUAUCUAUCUAUCUAUCUAUCUAUCUAUCUAUCUAUCUAUUUCGGUCUGUUCAUAUCUAUCUAUCUAUCUAUCUAUCUAUCUAUCUAUCUAUCUAUCUAUCUCAGUCUAUUCAUAUCUAUCUAUCUAUCUAUCUAUCUAUCUAUUUAUCUAUCUAUCUCAGUCUAUUCCUUAUCUAUCUAUCUAUAUCUAUCUAUUUAUCUAUCUAUUUUCACUGUAUCUAUCAUAAUCUAUGUACAUGUAUGUAUCUGUCUGUCUGUCUGUUUGUCUGUCUUUCUGUCUCCUUUCUUUCAUAUCUAUCUAUCUAUCUAUCUAUCUAUCUAUCUAUCUAUCUAUCUAUCACUGUGUUAUCUAUUUAUGUAUGUAUGUAUGUACUAUCUAUACAUGUAUCUAUCUGUCUGUCUGUCUGUCUUUCUGUCUCCUUUCUUUCAUAUCUAUCUAUCUAUCUAUCUAUCUAUCUAUCUAUCUAUCUAUCUAUCUCGGUAUAUUCAUUAUCUAUCUAUCUAUCUAUCUAUCUAUCUCUUUUCGUAUCUAUCUAUCUCCUUUCGUAUCUUUUCGUAUCUAUUUAUGUAUGUAUGUAUGUACAUAUGUAUGUAUCUAUCUGUCUGUCUGUCUGUCUGUCUGUCUCCUUUCUUUCAUAUCUAUCUAUCUAUCUAUCUCGUGUGCCCCUUUCUUUUUUUUUUUCGAACCCAUUUUUUUCUUUUUUUUUUUCCUUUUUUCCUUUCUUUCUGUCUUUUCUUUUUUUCUUUCCUUUUUUUCUUUGAUUCUUUCUUUCUGUCUUUUCUUUUUCUUUUUUUUUCUUUGAUUCUUUCUUUUGUCUUUUUCUUUUUCUUUUUUCUUUCUUUUUUCUUUUUUUUUCUUUCUGUCUUUUCUUUUUUCUUUUUUCUUUUUUCUUUGAUUCUUUCUUUUUUUUCUUUCCUUUUUUUCUUUGAUUCUUUCUUUCUGUCUUUUUCUUUUUUCUUUCUUUCUUUUUUCUUUGAUUCUUUCUUUCUGUCUUUUUCUUUUUUCUUUCUUUCUUUUUUCUUUGAUUCUUUCUUUCUGUCUUUUUCUUUUUUCUUUCUUUCUUUUUUCUUUGAUUCUUUCUUUCUGUCUUUUUCUUUUUUCUUUCUUUCUUUUUUCUUUGAUUCUUUCUUUCUGUCUUUUUCUUUUUUCUUUGAUUCUUUCUUUCUCUUCUUUCUUUCUUUCUUUCUUUCUUUCUUUCUUUUGCACCUGUUUUGCUUCUCUUUUCUUUCUUUCUUAUUUCUUUUUUUUAUUUCUUUCUUUCUUUCUUUGCACCCAAUUUAUAUUCUGCUUGUUUCUUUUUUUUUCUCACCUGUUUUAGCUUCUUUCUUUCUUUCUUUCUUUCUUUUUUCUUUUUACCUGUUUUUUCUUUUUCUUUCUUUCUUAUUUCUUUUUUUUAUUUCUUUCUUUCUUUCUUUAUUUAUUUUCUUCUUUCUUUCUUUCUUUCUUUCUUUCUUUCUUUCUUUCUUUCGUACCUACAUCUUUAUUCUUUCUUUCUUUUUCUUUCCAUUGCACCCAUUUAGCUUUUGUAUUCUUUCUUUCUUUCUUUCUUUCUUUCUUUCUUUCUUUCUUUCUUUCUGA